UAUUGUGUCUUAAAACUUAGCCAGGCAUGCGCAGUAUUGCAGUAAUGACACCACGACUUCGUUGCGUUUUCUCGAAAUAAUGAUCGACUACCUCCGUGGCGCCAUCAUCGCUAGUGUAAGUGAUGAUGAUAAUAAUGAUAAUAAUAAUACUAUAACCCAACGUCCGAACGCGCCAUAAUGCCAUAUUGACGAUUGUGUUUUUUUCCGUUCUUCGUGAAUUACCUCUGUCGGCGACUAGUAUAUCCAAUUUUUAUUUUUUUGUUCCCUUUCAAUUUUUUCCUCGACCCAUUCUGAUUUUACGUGUUUGUACCAGUUGCGAAGGCCAUAGGACAACGAUAUUAUACCGGCACCGAACGCUAUGGAAACCAGUGAUAAUAUCCGUUUCGUCUUCGGCUUACUGGACAAUAUUAACGAGAACAUCGAAGCAAAAUCUACGGAUGCACUAAGCUACCUUAAUAUAACAGAAAUUAGAAUUAUAGUUGAUAAUAAUUUAAAAUCAAAAAAUUAUAAAUUCUCAAACCAUGGCCAAAGAGUAGUACAUUUUAUUCUAUACUUGAACACUGAGUUGGGUAAUUGUGAAUGGGUUAAAGAAGAUACAUCGCUAAACCUCAAACGAUAUGUACACGGCAAACCCCUCUCUAAUACAAUUUACUAUAAAGUUGUUGAUGUAUUAAAUUUAAAACCAUUUAUAUUCGAAACUAUAAUGUGUACUCCUUACAGUUUUUGUAGCGAUUUAAUUGAAAUUUAUUCAAAUAAAAUAAAAGCUAUGGAUGGACUUUCACAAUUAGUUGCUACUGAAAAGCUAAUUGUUGCUUUGAUGAAAUCUGUUAGACGUGCACCAGUAAAAUCUAAUUCAGAAGGUUUUGUAACAAAUCAUUUCAAUCAAGCCAUGCUAGUAUUUGGUAAGGAUAAUUUACCUCAUGAUAUAAGAAGACUUGAUUUUGAAGACGAACAAAAAGAAAUAACAAAGUAUAAUGGAUUUCGAGUGAAAAGCAUUUUUAACAUUUUAAUAGAAAUUAUUAAAUUCAAAAGUAUUCCUGAUACUUACAGACUAUAUCCGAUGUAUAAAUUAAAAACAUUACGCUCUUCAGUUCCGUCAACAGAUACUGGACAUAUUAUGUUUAAAAAAUUUUUUGAUGUAAUUAUGUACAAGUGUAUGAAUAUGUGCAAUUUCAGCAUUGAUACUUGGCUUGCUUGGUAUGAAGUGGAAGUUGUUGAAGAAGACACUAAUCUACAAGCUACCAUUGGCCAUCUGUGUUAUGAAUUAUGUAGUUUGAUAGAUAAUGGAACUAUUAAUGAACCUGUAUUAAGAGAAUUCCAGCCAAUUCUACGUAAUAUAGCCAUAGAAAAGAUUGAUUUUAGCAAUGUUGAUACAACUAACAUUGAUGAAAUGAUUAAAGGUGUAGAGAAUUCUUCCAGAUUUCAUAUCAACAGUUGGAUUAAAAAAAUGAUACAAAACCCAGAUGUGUUUGUUCAUAACAAAGCUAUUCCAGUAAUUAGCCAUCAUAUAGACUGUAUUGAUUACAAUUGCUUCAAAGCCAUCCUUGAUAGUGUUAUGGCUUUUUAUAAAAAUGGAGGUGUAGUGUCCGAAGCCGCGGGAAAUUUAAUAUUUAAAGGAAUCAAACGCUUGGAUGUAGAAGAUAAAAUGACUGUUCUAAAACAAUUUCUUGUCCAUUAUGCUGAUUGUACAUUUUAUAUAUCAAAUGAUUUUGAUAAACAAUUCCAUUAUGUUGCCCACAAUGAGUAUAAUGAGAAUAUUGAUCAACAAGAAUUAUUAUCCAUUUUAAUUUGGCUAAUGAUGCAACAACCAAAAAAAAUAUUGAAUUUAUUAAUAGCGCAAUAUAUAACCGGUAUUUGUGGAUUACGUCCUAAAGGUUUUGAUUCUAAGAGAUCGUGUUUACACCAAGGGAUGGUUAGUAUUCAUUUAUACAUGGAUUCUAGUUAUAUUUAUCAAGAAUACAAGAAUUGGUUUUCUAUCUAUUCAAAUUUAUCAGAUUUUGAACAAAGGCAGCUUCAUCAUUGGAUUUUAGGAGUUACCAAAAGACUACAUUUCAUGAAAACAGAAACAUUUCUGACACAUAUCAUAAUACCUCUCUUAAACCCUUCACCAGAUUAUAGUCUUUUGAAAUAUUUGACAUAUUUAACUAAAUAUCUUGUGGAAGACUGUCAAAUUAUAGUUAGCCACUUACAUAGUUGGGAUAAAAUAGUUAUACAAUUGGCUACAUUAUUGGAUCAUGUACGUUGGGACAUUCACAACUAUUCACCUAUUAGAGUCGAAAUAUGUGAAUCGAUCAUUUCCACUAUACAGCCUCUUCUGCACCAUAAUAUACGUUCAAGACCAAUUGAUUUAGGUCUUCUAGGGAGGACGGUACAAAAUGUCAAACAAAGAUUAUCAGGGUUACACUUAAUGACUCGUUCUCAUUUCUUACGUUUGUGGACAUCUGAAUAUAUUACAAUUGAUGGAAUGGAUGAACAAUUGAUUAUGACCGUACAUUCACAGAGUCAUAUUUCAUACUCUAAUUUGAAUAAAUCAUCAACUCAAAGAGCCCAAGAAGAAUUUAUUUUUAGCAUUGCAACAUUUAUGCCAAAGUUCACAUCGUAUGAAAUGAAAAGUUUCAUAGCAAAUUAUUUAAGUUCAGCUAAACCUCCAAACCUUGUUGAUGCAUCAUAUUUCUUAUUGGAUUGUGUAAUGAAUUCUGUGAUGAGAAUUAUCGUUUACUUGAAAACUGCUACACAAAAUGAAUCUUCCGAUAACAGAUGUGAAUGGAACUAUGUACAUCGUGCUGUUAUGGAUUUUUUUACUGCUGUAAAUGCGUCAAAAAUGUCUUGCAUAUAUGAUGAAGAUGUUAAUGUUAACUUGGCAAUCAACACUAUGACUAAGAUUAUAAUGGUAAUAAAACAGGUUGCUGAUAGAGAAAUGUCGUCUUUAACAGAUAUGUUAUGUCGCUUAAUUGAAGUAACACAAACUCGAAUGACUGUUGAAGAAAUUUCAAAAAUUUUGUCUUUGUUAGCUUCUAUAAAAGCUCAAAACUAUAAAGAGUCAUUGAAAGCUAUUAUGCAAGGAUUGAUGGAUAAACUUUUACACAAAAAACAACUUAAUGUUGGUAAAGAGAUGUGCAAGUAAACAAUAUUUAAUUUUUUGGUACUCUUUCAAAUAUAAACAUACAUUAUGAAUGAGUAAAAGUUUUAGUAUUUUAAUAUUAAAUGAUAUUUUUCAGUUAUUAUUACAUACAUUUGUUGUUUCACAUGUUUAUAGUUAAUUAUUAUUAUUUUUAUUUAAUAAUUUGUUUUCCUAAUUAGAUCUCAUUGAUAAGAUAACUAAUAAGGGUUGACAAUGAGCGAGGUUGUUAUAAAUAUAAUAACAAUUAAUAAAAAGUCACAACACUUAAAUUAAUUACAUAUUAAGUUGAAUAUGUCUAAAUAAUAAAACCUUAAAAUAUUCGUCUUUUAUACUUAGCUACAUUUAUAAUUAAAAAUAUUGGGUUACAACUUGUAAAUAAACAUCAUUUUUAAAUAUGUAUGAAAUUAUAUUUAAGUAAUCAUUCCAUUAAAUAUUUAAGAAUUUUGUUAAUCCUUAUAUAAUAUAUAUAAUACAUUUUAUAUAAAUAUAUAUUGAAAAAUGUAUUAUGUUUUAAUGUGCUUUGACUGAUUAUUGUCGUUUAUACUAUUUCUUUUUUGAUAUAAUAUUUGUCAUAUUUUUAUGUUUUUAUAUAUUAUUGAAUUAUUCAGCAUUUCUUUUAUUAUGUUAUAAAUUGCUUGUUUAAAGUUCCUAAAUUAAUAUCAGCAGCUUAAAUUUAAUAAAUCAAAUAUUAUAUAUUAAAAAUGACUUCUUGAACUAUAAAAUUUACAGUUGCACUGGUAUUCUUAUAUUGAUUAUAAGUUAUAUUGUGUGUACAAUUAAUGAACUUUGAAAAUGUAUGAAUAACUUGAUUUUCUUGUGUAAACUAUAUAAUAUUAUCAAUAUUAAUUUUAAUCUAUACUUUAUUUUUGUUUCAUAACCUAUUAUUGUAUCAAAUGAUGCUGAUUAAUAAUAGUGGCCAUAGUAGAUAACAAAAUUAACUAACUUCGACAAUUAUUUUUAAUCUAAUCUAUUGCUGAUAAGACAUUGUAUUGACAUAUUAUUAACAUUUUUUUGUGGUUCUAUUUUUGUUAAUUAUUAUUUUUAUUUAGUAUCUUAAGUUUAUAAUUAAUGAUUUAAUUAUACUUUCAAUAUGAAAGGUAAAUGACAAAAAUAUUUAUUUGUACUAAAACAUGCCUACUGGGAAAAAAAUCAAUUUUAAACUUGUAAAACUGCAUUAUUGUAUCAUCAUUUUUUAAUAUAUAAAAUAUUGUUAGUUAUAUUACUUCUUAUUAUAAUGCUUAAAAGAACACAGAUGACAAUUAGAGUAUAAUUUAUGUAUGAAUUUGUAUGCUAUUUAUCAAGAUUAUAAUAAUUUAUCUUCAUCAUAAUUUUAUAAUUGAUUAUUAUUUUGUAUUAUAAAGCAAAAAAUAGAUUUAGUUAAACUAAAUUAUGGUUUAAUACGACUAAACUUGAAUAUUUAUUUAUAAUUUUAUUUGUUUUACUUUUGGCAAUUCUUAAACUUUUCAUUUGAGCAAUAGUAUUACAAAUAAAACAUUAAUAACUAGAUUAUAAUUACAAUUUCCCUAAAAAUAGUAUAUAUAAUUAUAUAUAAGAUAAAUAAUAAAUAAUGUGUAUUAUAAAUAACAAUUAAGUUUUUGUAUCAAUUCUUAAAUUAUUGUGAUACAUAAGCUGGGGUUAACAAUAAUAUAAAAUGUUCUGAUAUAAAAUUUUGCAAGUUUUAAAUUCACGAAAUAGUUUUCUAAUAUUGAUAUUAAACAGUCUUAUCCAUAUUUAAAAGUAUUUACUAGUGUAUUUAUUAAUUUGUUUUUAAAAUUAAUGUACAUUUCAAAACUUCUUGUUUAAUAUCAAAUUAAAUAAAUAUAUUUUAUCAUUAACUGAUUAUUAUUUGAUUUUUUAUUUUUUUAUUAUUAUUUCAUUAUAUUGAAAAUAAUAAUUAGAGCCAACAAUUAUAUGCCCUAAAAACCUAUAAAAUAUGUAUGCAAUUAGGCCCUGAAAAUUACUAAUAUAUGCUUUAAAAAAGUUUUAACUUUUGUAGUUUUAAAAUUAUUUAUCCAAUUUAUCAAUUUAAUAACGCACCACAUAAGUAUGAACCAGGAUUGACGAGUACGAAAGGUACGAUAAAAUAUAAUAUUACUUAUUUAUGUGAUAUUGUUAUGCAAUACCAAUUGGACAUUUCCGGUUAUCGAUUAAAAUUAGUUAUCUUACCUAAUUUUAUCAAUAAGUUUAAUUAUUAUCCAUAAAAACUUUUAUGAGUGAAAUAAAUAAUUAGUGAUUCUAGAUUUGUCAAGUCUUAAAAUCAUAAAUAUGCUCUUAAAAUUUACAAAAUCUUAAAAUAUGUCCUGAAAAUGCAAAAUUAUGCAAAAUAAAAUUUCAUAUACAGCAUCAUUGUUAGGUUAUAAAACAAAUGUUGGUAUAAACUAGCUAUUUUUUGACCAAUAAAUUAAAAUAUGUGAUUGCAUAUAAGUGUUGGCCCUAGUUAUAAUAAUGUACAAGUAUUAUAAAUAUUAAUAUAAUUUAUAAAGUUGAAACAAAAAACUGUGCGUUUAACAAGUACGCGCGGAUGAAGUGAAACUUCUUUCAGUCAUGAAACUGAUAUUAGGUGUGUAUUGGGAUAAAAUAAAAAUAACACACUUUACAAUUUUAUUUUCAAUAGAACUGUAUUUUUUAAAAUUUUAUAAUUUAUUUUAAUAAGUAUUUUUUUAUUAUUUAUUUGUAACUAAUAAAAUAAUAAUAAUAUUAAUAAAA